AUGGGAGUUGUAGUGCAUCCUAAGCCGCAGAAACCCGGAGGCGGGAAAGCCAAGCAAGGCCCGGACUUGGAAGACUUUGCAGCUACUGGAUUCCUCUCCUCUCAGGAACAGGACCGGGGGGGUGGGGACAUCGCCGGGUCCCCCUUGCAUUUUCGCCCCUUUGCAGCUUUCCUCCUUGCGAUUUGUGAAUUUUCCAGCCAGCCGAGGCAUCCUCCAUCCUUGAGGGAAGCGGAAAAGAGGCGUCCGAGCUGCUGCAGAAGAUUUGGCAAAAUGAUGUGUGUGUUUGUCUUUGGAACCUUCCCUCCUCCGGGAGGGACAGAGAUGGUGACCACGGAACCUUUUCAGGCACCGCCGUUCUCAUUUGAAGAGGUAGCUGUGUACUUUACAGAGGUAGAGUGGACACUCCUGGACGCAGAGCAGAGAGACCUGUAUUGGGAUGUCAUGCAAGAAAACUACGAGACGGUGGCUUCACUGGCUGUUGCAAUCCCCAAGCCUGAGCUGAUCUGUCGUCUGGAACAAGGAGAAGAUCCAUGGAUCCCUUCCCAAGCAGCUUCAGAGGAGAAAAAGAUCCGUCUCAACCUUUAUGAGGGAAACAACUUUGCUUCGGCUUCUCCCACUAUGCCAGCAAGCGAGGUGAUCGUGAGGGAGAUCAAGGAAGAGAUCACAGAACCUGAAAUCUUGGAUCCGGAAGAUCCCCCAUGGGCUUUGCUGAGGGCACCCCCAGACAACCCUUCCUUAGCGUCAGAGGCCCGGUGUGGCCUGCAGAGACAGUGGGAGCUGCAGGCCGGGCACAUCUGGCGGGAGCCUUCCAGGCACAUGAGAGCAGCCAGUUCCAAGCACUCCAUGUUCCACGUGGGCCGGAAGAAGCUGAUGUGCCCGGAAUGCGACCGGUGGUUCCACUGCAAGUCGGAAUUCCUGCUCCACUGGCGGACCCACACGGGGGAGAAGCCCUUCGAGUGCCUGGCCUGCGGCAAGCGCUUCAUCCAGAGCUCCCACCUAAGUGCCCACCGGCGCAUCCACACGGGCGAGAAGCCCUACGAGUGCCCCAGGUGUGGGCGGAGCUUCAACCGGCGCUCCACCCUGACGGAGCACCUGAGGAUCCACACCGGGGAGAAGCCGUACAAGUGCCUCCAGUGCGGGGAGAGCUUCCGCUGGAGGCCCUACCUGACCAAGCACCAGAGGGUCCACCUGGGCAAUGCUGCCUACAGAGGCCUCAACAACAGAGAAGCCAUCUUUGAUGUCUCGUCCUGCCCUGAGCCUCUGGGAAGACUAGUGGCAGGGGGUGCCAUCGAGAGUGGCGCCCCAGAAGCCGAGUCUCUGCGUACUGCCUCUGCCUUAUCGAAGCCGUGCAGCAGGGUGAAGCCCAGCCCUGAGAUCUGUGGGCUCAGCCGAGGCUCAGGUGGGCCGCCGCUCAGGUGGCCCGUAAAGACUGAAUCAGAGCCGCUCCCCGGUGGGAAUGACGUCACCGACAUCAGCCAAAUCAAGAUCGUUCAGGUGGAGAAGAAGCACGUGUGCCACGACUGUGGGAAAGCCUUCCAGUAUAAGUUCGAGUUGGUGAAGCACCGCCGGACCCACACGGGGGAGAAGCCCUUCGAGUGCCUGGCCUGCGGGAAGCGGUUCUUCCAGAGCACGCACCUCAACGCCCACCUGCGCAUCCACACGGGCGAGAAGCCUUACGAGUGCCCCAGGUGUGGGCGGAGCUUCAACCGGCGCUCCACCCUGACGGAGCACCUGAGGAUCCACACCGGGGAGAAGCCGUACAAGUGCCUCCAGUGCGGGGAGAGCUUCCGCUGGAGGCCCUACCUGACCAAGCACCAGAGGGUCCACCUGGGAGAUAAUGCCUACCGAUACUUCGACAGCAGGGACGGCCUUUAUGACAGCUCUUCCUUCCCAGAGCAUCAGGAGGAGAACCAACCAGAAUAUUUAACAUCCACUCCAGAUUUAAUCUCCCAACGAGAGCCGUGGGGGCUCCAGCGCUCAGAGGAAAGGAAGAACCGAGAGAGCCGGAGUCUAGGAAAAGGACAAGUUGAACCCUCUCGGAUCCUAUCUGAGGGAGAAUCUGAAGGCCACAAAUCACCCACCGGCCCUGCUCCCCCUUACAAUGGGACGAGAUCCAGAAAUGCUUGUGACAACGUGACGGACGAAAACUUGGCAGAAAAUCAACCACAGGGUGGCCUUGCGAUAGGAGAAGGCGGUGGUGUGUUACCACACGGCUCUAAAAGAGAUGGUUCCCUGCAGCCCAGGAUAGCUUCCGAUAAGAUCAUUCUGUCCUCUGGUUCCUGAGUUUGCCUUUGGAGAAGCUGACGAUAGGGAUGUAGAAAAAAAGCCCAGCAGCUGAAAGACGACAGCAUCCAGCAUCCAAAAUCUUUUUAUCCAGGAGAAAAAGAAAAGAAAGAAAG